UUGAUCUGCAGUCAUCGAGUUAUCCCCACGAGUUCCCAUGCCCCUCGAUCGCCGGCUUAUGUACUCAUGUUGUUCCUGCAUCGGGUGCUAUGCCGGGGUCCCGUUAAUGUGGGGAGAUACACACCUCCGGAACCAUGCAAGCACUGAAACAGAACUACUGAAGUUACUUACGGUACGGUUGCACAACAGGUUUGCACCGAGAUUAGCUGCAGCUCAACGUAUUCUCGUGCAUGCAGUCAGCUCAGUCAACCGGGAUCCAUCAUCCAUCGGCGGACUCUGGCCAAAAUCUUGGGUUGGCGGAGUGUUUCUACUCUAGGAAGCUGGUUUACCGAUAUAUAUGCAAUGGAACGGCGCUGGGAAAUUACACCC